CCUGAAGUUUCAAAUACAUUACUGGAAGCCACAUGCAAGCUUCGAUCGACUUGAUCAUCGAUUGGAGCUAAGUUACAAACCUGUCUCGACUUUCUAAAACCCAUCUUACAGAGGUACUUACACUAGGUACCUACCGACUUACCCCAAUUCGGAUCGGACAACGGCAUUCAAGUAUUGAUGGUAAUGACCGGAAGUGUCACUACCGUCAUACCUUAUCCGACGACUACUCGGUCAAGAGAGCGAGAUAACUGACAUAAUAUACCGGAAAGAACAAUUCCACAAACUACAACCUGCAAACUGCAAACUACCUUUUUCGCCGGUUGACUUUUGACUUCCAAGUUCUCCAGUUACAUAGAAACAACACAAGAAAGAUCAUCGGUCACGCCGUGUCCAGGCUUAUACGGGCCACGAGGCCAAUCCGCGGCAAUGGAUUGGCUAAAGUUCCUGAAGCCCUUACAAACGUUUGGCACCUCAUUUCUGUAUCCCGCGCUCAAGCUUGUGCUGAAGCUGUGCUAUAUCGUCAUGAUACCUUUGUACUAUCCAGCCUACUAUCUCUUUACCCUGGUCGUGUUUCUCUUGUCUCCCGUCUGGUACAUGCUUCACUCGAUCUCGAGUACGACUGUAGCUGUUGUGGGUUUGAUUGCUAAGCUCAAGUACCUCUAUAUUUACCUCGCCUGCGCAGCUAUUAUAGGUAUAUGCGCCGGCUGCGUACUCUAUGGGACGUCCAGCCUCGUCUUCGUUACGCUAGGUGUCGAUGCGUCACAAGAUCGAGAUUCGGAUUAUCCUAGGAAGGGUAAACUCCCACUCUCAUAUGACGGCUAUCAGGAUUCUCAUGAGCCAGACUCUGGUGCUCGUUCCGGGGACGGCUCUGGCAAGCUAUCCACAACCAGUUCAUCAUCGAGUCGUAUGAAGUCAAAGCAGCAAGCGAAAGAAGAUGCGAACGAAAUAUUCGAAAGGCAGUUGAAGCUACUGAGGUCUUCUAAAAAGCCGAAGAGACAACGUAGAGGGUUACUUUUUCAGACGAUUCACGAGGAGAGCAGUAGCGACUUUUCGUAAUGACCUCGACGAGCCCCUGGGGCGGUACCUCCAGGCUAUUCUGCACCCGAGUCGUACGUAAUCGGCAAGUGUCAGACUCACACAUUAACCUAUAGUAUACUACAGUAUACAAUCGCCGUUAACUAGACACAAUAGUCCACGGGGGAGCUCAUGGCUACUUACCUAACUACCUACCUACCUAGCUAAACUAUUAUUUCAGGCCAGGUCGCGGCUAAAAAGCCCGAGACUCAAAAUAUGAUACUUCCAAACCCGUCAGGAGUCGGACAAAGCCCGCCUCUGUCAAGCUAGUAGCUAUACUAGAGAUAUUGGAAGCUAGCAUUAUUUAUACCUUUCAUGACAUCUCUAUAGAAGAUACCUACCCUCAACAAAAUAAGCAGGUCUAGUUUGAUGCCUGUAUGUCAAAUUAUAAUUAUGUACUUAUAGAAUAUAAACCAGUAAUAAAGAACGCGC